AUGACGUUGAGGGUGCGGGACGGCAACGCGGUGGCGGAUUUCUCUGGGUAUAUCGACAUAAGGUUAGUUCCGAAUCUCGCUGGGUGCAUACGCUGCGCGAUCCUGGCUGCAGACUACGCAAAUCCCGAUGAAGAUGAGUUCAAGCUGCUCUCCGCGGCCGCGGCCGCGGAUGUCUGCGAGGAGGCCACGAGCAGUUGCCUCGACGUCAGCGACAGCAUGUGGUCCGCCGCGGCGUGCUACACGGAGUGCGCCUUCUCCGUGGAGGGCGUCCUCACAGCCACCAAGUUCUCGUCGCUUGCAGCUUGCCCGAGUGCACGGCGGCUCGACAAGCCCCUCAGCGCCGCAGGCGGACUUCCGGGUGCAAACGGCUCGCUCGGAUCGCAAGGGGAGUUGCAGUCCAUCGCGCAGGUGCGGGCGAAGACGAGGACCUUCUGGGAGCAGACAGCUGCGCGGGAGUUGACCGGAGCGACGCCAGCGCCGCUGCCGCCACCGCCGCCGCCGCCGACUCCGGCGCCGCCUGCUCCGGCGCCGCCGACUCCGGCGCCGCCGCCGCCGCCGACUCCGGCGCCGCCGCCGCCGCCGACGGCGCCGCCAACCCCAGAGCCGCCAGCGAGGCAGCAGGGCUGCACGUGGGCGCCCAUGGAAGAGACCGCUUAUUUCUUCAGCAGCGACAGGUGCGACCAGACGGGUUCGUACGCAUACCGCUUCUGCUUCCUAUACCUGUACUUGGCAGGCUUCUUCUACGCCACGCUGUUUGUCUGCGCGCAGGCCAUGAGGGUCAUCUCGCGGCCCGAGCCUUGGCUGCACAGCCCGGCCGUGCCCAACGAGUGUGUACUGUGGGUGAUGCUACGCGCGAUGGGCCCUUGA